CUAACAUUUCAUCCUGUCGCAACCAGCUGUUGUUGACGGACGCUGCUGACUGACGGACGACCGUUUCUUCCUCCCUCUCUUCUCCUCCUACGUCCUCAAUCCCGAGCAUGAGCAUCGUGGUGUAUUGUCGGCUGAAGCCGACGGACAAGCCGUACGACGGCGUGGAGCUGGACCCGCAAGAUGACUGCGACAUCUUGAAGAUUCACACGCCUCGGAACACAAAGGACAUUGUGAACCACACGCGGGAGGACUACAAGUUCAAGUUCCAGAAGGUGUUCCAGCGCGAGACCAGCCAAGACACCAUCUUCAACCACGUUGCCAAGCCAGUCGCUGAAAGCGUCAUUGAAGGGUACAAUGGGACUGUGUUUGCUUAUGGUCAGACGGGGUCGGGCAAAACGUUCACCAUCACGGGCGGCGCCGAGAACUACGACCAGCGCGGCCUGAUUCCUCGCAUCCUGGAGUUUCUGUUCCAGUUCUACGCGGACCACCCUGAUCGCGAGUUCUCCACGCGCGUCUCCUACCUUGAAAUCUACAAUGAGAACGGUUACGACUUGUUGGGAACACCGCAGCAAGGCAAACUCAAAGGCAUGGAGGACCUGCCAAAGAUCAACCUGAUGGAAGGCCCCGACGGCGACGUGCACCUGAACAACCUGUCUCAAAUCCCCGUGGAGACAACAGAGCAGGCGCUAAAUGCGCUCUUCGUCGGCGACACCAACCGCAUGAUUGCCGAGACGCCCAUGAACAUGGCAUCCACACGCUCCCACUGCAUCUUCACCAUCUACGUGACCUCGCGUGAGACGGGCUCCUCUGUCUGGCGAAAGGGCAAGCUGCACCUGGUCGACCUUGCUGGAUCAGAACGCAUCAAGAAAACGAAUGUGGAAGGUGUGCUGCUGACGGAAGCGAAAUACAUCAACCUCUCGCUUCACUACUUGGAGCAGGUGAUCGUUGCGCUAUCAGAGAAGACGCGUCGGCACGUUCCGUACCGAAACUCGCUGCUGACGUCUGUUCUUCGCGACAGUCUUGGCGGCAACUGCAAGACGACCAUGAUUGCCACCAUGUCCUCGGAGGAGCGGAACAUGGCGGAGUCGAUAUCGACUGGCCGGUUUUCGCAGCGUGUUGCGCUUGUGAAGAACGACGCCCGCCUCAAUGAAGAGCUCGAUCCGAAGCUUGAAAUUAUUCGGCUGAAGCAGGAAGUGACGCGACUCAAGGCAGAGCUCGCGCUGCUCUCUGGUGACGUGGACAUGUCCGAGCCAUUGACCGACGAGGAGAAAGAGGCGUUGCGACAAAUGGUUGACACGUACGUGAGCAGCACGGCACAAGAUGCAGACCUUGUGCUUGGAGAUAUGCGCAAGAUCCAAUACUGCUUUUCAUACUUCAAGGCGUCACUGCUUUUGGCAAGGGAGAAUGCCGGCCCAGCACAAGGGCACACAGAGGACGAGGAAGGAACUGGUGGUGGUGAUGGUGAUGGUGAUUUGGAUGUGAGCCGAACCAAAUACUACCACGACGAGGCCACCAAUGAAAACAUUACGCGGUUGGAAUCGCUUCUGGAGCAGCGCGAUAACGAAAUUCGCAUUUUGGUGGCGAAACUUCGACGAGCGCGCGGCGAAGGCGGCACAUCGGACACGUCGUCCUCUCGUUCCAGCACCAUCCGGACACCAGCAGCAACAGGACCGCCAGCCAUGACAACGACAACGCGUGACUUGUCGCCAGAAGAGAAGAAAGCUCUCCUCGAGCAGUUCAAGACAGAGAGCCAGGCAUACCCCAUCCUCGAUCGAACAAAGACGACGCUGAAAGACCUGUACGCGCAAGCUCAACGUCUUGGACAAGAGGUGCAGGAAGCCAAGGAUAUUAUUGCGGAGAUUAAGCGGCACAUGACGCGACACCAGCAAGAGCAUCUCACAGAACACAUCCGAAGUGGGCUGGAAGAAGAGGACAUUGUGGACCCAGAACUGGAUGCGAUGCAGUCAGAGCUUCAAGUUUGCCAGACAGCGUACAAAUCGAAGCUGUCGAAGCUGCGAUCGCUGAAACAGGAAACAGAACACCUGAAACACCUGUUUGAGAAGCAAAAGGUUGCUUUCCAACAAGAGUUUCAACGCUGGCUGGAUGAACGCCCUCCAACCGCCUAAGAACACACGCUCAUACACAUAUACAUGCGCAUACACACACGCAUGCACAUGUACGCAUGCACACAAACACGCUCAUACACACACGCUUUCAAGCAUACACACGCUCAUUCACACGCACUGUGGAUUGUUAAAUUACUGGUGAGCGCAUCGGUCAAAUGUUUACUGUCAUUCAGAGCUGGCUGGCCGGCUGGUUUGUCCAACACCACAAUCUCUUCUUUGUUCAUCGGCAAUUAAACCCAGCACGUCAA